AUGGAUCCGACUGUUCUGUACGAGGGUGUGACGUGCGGCGCGCAGCACAGCGGUGCGCUCGCAGCGCUGCGUCUGCUGCGGAGCUACAACCACUUCGUCGUCCCGCCGGAUGGUCGCAGCAUGCUGCCGCUGCUGUCAGCGCUGCCGCCGCCGUGUCUCCCGCCCUACUGCCAGCACCUACCAGGAUGUACGCCCAUGCCGCUGCCGAUAGACAGCGAGGGUCGAAGACGGGGGGAGAAGAGACCGAUACCGGCUGAGCUGAAAGACGAGAAGUACUUUGAGAGACGGCGCAGGAACAACCAGGCCGCCAAGAAGUCCAGGGACGCUCGCCGGAUGAGAGAAGACCAGAUCGCCUGGCGCGCAUGUCUCCUAGAACAGGAGAACGCGUCCCUGCGAGCCCACAUCAACGUGUUGAGGCAAGAGGUCAUGGCGUUACGUGCGCUGCUGGCCACCAGAGACGAGGCCGCCGUACCCACUUCCACCACCACUGACUAACCACGCAAGACAUACAAAGUGUAUGGGUUCCUGCGAUAUAAACUACAGCACAACAA